CUUCUGAAAAGGAGCUAAAUAGCUCAGUGGGCCUUAUCUGGUAAAAUAAAAAUAGUUUAUAGAAUCUGGGGCAGCCACUUUCGGUUGAAACUGAGUUGUCAAGCAUAGCGAGUCGAUGGCCUAAACCGGUCACCAAUGAUUGCUCAAUACAACCAUCAUGCAGUGUUACAUUUGGUUUUGCACUUAAUUUGACUAAAUUCCUUUUUCGUGAAGGAUAAAAAAUACCCAAUGCUUUAAUUAUCAUGUGACAGUCAAAUUACCGUGGAAAAGAAAACAGGUUGACUUAUGGUAAACUGCAACCCCCAUCUUGUGUCAAGAUAAAAUGCCACUUGAUGGGUUUGUCAGAAGAGGUUUCAGUGAAGAUAUUUUUUUACGCAGCCAUUCUUUGGUCACACAUGGGGAUCGCACGGCUCCGAGAGAUUUCUGAAUGAAUUCUUUGUCUCGUGAAGUGCCGCCAACAGUGUACCAGGAAUACGAUGGGGUAAAAGAUGAAAACAUUUCAGAACAUUAAAUUUGACCUCAACAGCGAUUGUGUUGUGGUUUAACUGAACCAGACAUGUUUAAAACACAAAACCAAACCAAGAAUUUGCAUUAAACGCCAAAGGGCAACAAACAUAACAAUAUACAUUCCUCCCUAUCUGAGGCUUUUCAAGAUUUCUACUGCUCAUAGAAUGGUAAUGAGUUAUCUGAAAUAGUACAAGAUGUUGUGCCGUGCAUAUAUACCUAUGCAAAUACAGGAAUACAUGAGGUAGGCAGGUAAGUAGGUAUGUAAGGAGGUAGGGUAGUGGUCGUGGGUGAACUGGUCGGUAGUUAGAUAGGUUGGUAAGUAGAUAGGUACAGUAGUUGGGUUCCUGGGUUGGUGGAUUGGUAGGUGAAAUAGGUAGGUUGGUGAGUGGGUGAAUUGAUGGUAUGUAAGUAGGUACGUGAAUGCAUAGGCAUGUAGGUAGGUGGGUAGGUGAGUAGGUAGGUGAGUGCAUAGGUAGGUAUGUAGGUAGGUGGGUAGGCAGGUGGGUAAGUAAUAAUCAGCAAAGUGUUGCUCUAAUGUAAUUUAAUGUAAAAAUUGACUCCGAAUAAACAUUUAUUCUGAAGAAAAUGUGGAUUUGAUUGGACCAGCAACUCAUGCGUGGAAUAAAUGCUCACCCAUGUGAUACCGGCAUUCAUAAGUGAACAUUCUAAAACUAGGGCAUUUUAAAAUACAUUAUAUAUGAUUUACAUUAUUUAUUGAGAGUAGCAGCAGCACGAAGCAAAAUCUUCGCUUGUCAUUUUCGUUUUACAAAUAACACGGUUAUAUGACCAGGAAUGCAUUUUCAGAUAGUACGGAAUAUUUUUUUUUAUAAGCCACAAUAUAAACACUAAAGCAAUUAUUUUUUCAUUUCAAUAUAUGUAUUGUGAAUGGCUACUGUGUAGCUCUAUUUUAUAAUCCCCACGCUCCGUGCAGACAAACCGAGGCGGCAACGGGGCGGGGAAGCGAGCCCAGCCGACACAGAUUCAGACAGAUUGCGCUGCAGCUUAUCUCUAGAUUUAAACGUAUCGAAAAUCUUCUUUAACCCGUUGUAAAGGUAAAAAAAAGUCCACGAAUAUCAGAGACUGGAGUUCAUUUUUUUUUUAAAUCGAUUUCUGGCUGCAAGUACGACAACUACAGUAUGUAUUUUUGCUUGUCCCCUCAAUUGGAGAGUUGUAUGCGACCUCACUGCCUGAAUGCAUCAUCAUCAACAUCGCUCUUGCUGGACGAAGGCCCUCCUCUACCUAUCAUAGUCCUCACAAUGCACACAUUCACAUAGCUCCUGCACGCAAGCCGAUUUAUGUAUUCGCUCUCUGCUGGUGGAUGCCCUCUCCCGGAGGGGGGUGGGGGUGUUUGAUUCUUUUGUUGCCACUGUGAGUUGUCUCAGCCACACCCGGCCACCUCCCGUCCGAGUGGCGUGUGUGGCAUCGUUUUUUAAAAUUUCAAAAUGAAAAUGUUCGUCAUGAACCGGAUAACGAUAAUUCCGGGAGCCUAAUUUGAAAAUGAUUACAUUCCAAGACAUUACUGUGAGUUGUGAAAAACAUCACAUUCCUCGCGUGUUGUUUUGAAGUCAAUUCUGUAAAAGCUAAAAAUUGUACACGUGCCAAAUAUGAUAACACGUACAAAUGCAGCAGAUAAACACGGACAUUUAUAAAAUAGUAAACGUGCAUGUUUAUAUAAUGAAGCACUCUACGGUUCGAACCUUCAAGAAUGAACCGAAUAAAAUUAAUAAGCAAUAACACUGAAUUAUAUAUAAUGUGCAUGCAUGCAUUGUAAAUAUAAUGAAUUGCAAGCGUAUACAUUACACCAAUGAAUUCCAUUGAACGGAGGGACAGGUGUUCCCUUAAGCCACUCUGUCAAUGCAGUGAGGUCACCUGCUGCUGCUGCUGCUGCUUUUUCAUCAUUGGGCUUGCACAGCAGUGAGAUGCGAUGCGCAUUCGUGGCCAACGCGACAAACUUCGCCAAUCGUGACAAAUGCGUUUGGUGCAACACUCUUGGGGCACGCGAACGACCUUCUUGCAAACCAGUUUUUUUUUUACACGCGACAGUGAUUGUUGUUUGUAUCUUUUUUUAAAAUCGCAAACACGUAACCUUACAAUUGAUCCCUUUUCGUUAUUAGUCAACUUGCUAAGACCAGAUGCGGCUGGCUGAUCUGCGUUGCGCGUAAAUAGAUUAAAAGGAUAAAGGACACCUCAUUCUGGCUUGCACAGGCCCCAGCUAAGCCCACGCCGGCUGCCCAAGGCGUCAGUCACAUUCGGAAGGCCCCUGCCGUAUAUAGCAACCGGGCCGUGAUUGGCCCAAGUCUCUGGUCUUCGCGUGCCAUGUACCAAGAGCACACUCCUACCAAUCCCUCCCCUUCAUCCCCACCCUCCCCCCUCCAGCCUUCCCCAGGGCUCUGCUGCACGCCUAUAAAUUAAUGCUAUUUGUGGAGCAGAUGAGGUCUGACGUGUGUAUCUCCACGUCCAGGGUGGCUGUCCCCCUCCCAGCAAUCUUCCCGUGUGGGGUUUAGCUGGCCUUCACGUGUGCAGGACACCCUUAACACCGAAGUGACUCCUCCUCUUCCGUCAGCCCCUCCGCAGUCAGCCACACUUACCUCUCAGAGCCCUCCCCAGUCCGAGCCCCCCUUGGGCUGCUCCUCCAGAUUCUCACGGUUCUUAGUGUGCGCUGCUAUUCUCAGCCCUGGAAGACGGCAACAGCAGCAGGAGCGGUUGAGCCCGUCUCAACAAUUCUGUGAAUAUCAUGGGUGGAAAGCAGGUCAAGCAAAAGCCAUGUGACUCCGGCCACCGCUCUAUGGUGCUGUCCCCCGACGCGCUGUGCUGCGACACGGCCGUGCGUCCCGUGCGCAAGCGCGGCUCCCAGCAGCACCCGGCGUCGGCGGUCACGGCCACCUCCUCGUCCGCCUCUUCUGCCGCGGCGGCCGCGGCGGCCGCGUCGGCCGUCGCCUCCUCCUCGGGCGGCACCCUGGCGCCGUACGGUCAGCUGCUUUUCCACCCGCGCGCGAAGGGUCGCAACGUGACGCUGGACGGCGGGCGGACGCGCGCCACCCGGCGCCACAGCUUCUGCCACGGCGUCGCCUUCGGCCACCGGCCGCUGCGGCCGUGCGAGCGCGUGCGCCUGCGCUUCACGGCGACGGCGCCCGGCUGGAGCGGCGCGCUGCGCUUCGGCUUCACGAGCCGGGACCCCGGCACGCUCGACUCGGCGCGCAUCCCUCGCUACGCGUGCCCCGACCUGGCGGCGCGCCCGGGCUACUGGGCCAAGGCGCUGCCCGAGAGCUGCGCGGGACGCGGCUCCGCGCUCGAGUUCUGGGCCGAGGCGGACGGGCGCGCGUUCUACCGCGUCGACGCGGGCGAGGCCGUGCCGUUCCUGCGCGGGGUCGACGCCGCCGGCCCGCUGUGGGCGCUCAUCGACGUGUACGGAGUCACGCAGCAGGUGACGCUGCUCGAAACGGGUUUGGUGAAGCCCCCACGCCGGCUGGCAUCCUUCCAGCUGUGCCCACGUCUGCCGUACGGUGCGCGUCACCCCCCAGCCUCGUCCUCUGACAUCAGCCAAACCCAACGUGGCCGCGGAGGCGGCGCCGGCGCCGGCGGGGAUGGCCGGGAGGGUGAGGACGACGAGGAGGAGGAGGGGGAGGAGGAGGAGGCGGAAGGGGAUGCGGCGGAGGCUCGCCCUGGCGAGGCGCUCGAACGCGCCGUGGCUGCGCUGCGCGACGUUCGGAUCGGCGGCGAGCCGGCGCCGUCGCGCGCGGCCCGGGCGCCGUCGCUCGGCGCCGUCGAGGGCUCGCGGCGGCAGCAGCAGCAGCAGCAGCAGGGCCCGGACGCCUCCUCCAUCGCGCUGCCCGAUGACCUCAACCCGGACCUGUGGUUCCACGCGAUGCACGGCAGCGGCGUGCUGCUGUCCGACGACCGCAGCCUCGCCCGCUCCGCCCCGGACGCGGCCGGCAGCGAGGCGGGAGACAACGAGAGCAACGGCAGCGGCAGGUUCAGCGCCGGCCAGAGCUUGGUGUUCACCAACCGGCCCGUGUUCAUCGGAGAGACCAUCUACGUGCGCGUCGGUGGGCAGCAGCAGCCCGGUGACCCCAUCACCUUCGGCCUCACGUCCUGCGACCCGGCCACGCUGCGGCCGGACGAGCUGCCGACCGACCCUCACUCACUGGUCGACCGGAGGGAGUACUGGGUGGUGGUGACCGUGUGCCCUCUGCCCGGGUCUGCGCAGCAAAUAAGCGAGCAAGAUGAGGGCGGCUGCAUGGGAGAGGCAGUGCUGGGCCUGGUGCUCAUGCCAGAUGGGGAGGUGCACCUGAGCCUCAACGGCACGAGAGAGGGCAUGCUCGUGUGCGCCGACCCAGGCCCCCCGCUCUGGCUGCUCUUCGGAUUCCGCAAUGCCACUGCCACCGCGGAGAUCGGCAUUCUGGGCACCCAAAAAGCCAGCUUUCUGGGGUCGUCGUCUCCCUCAAUGGGCAGCAAUCUCCCAAGCAGUGACUCGGACAUCACCAUCAGCAACAGCAUCUCCUUCUCCUCCUCGUCAUCUUCCCUCGUGACAGCGCCCGGCUCUCCGCUCGGCGACGGCCCGACCGCCGUCUUCCCAGCUUGCCCGGUGCCCACCACCACCACCACCACGGCGGCGGUCUCCGUGGCGGCGGUCUCCGUGGCGGUGGGCGCCCCGCCCCCGCGGGGGCACGGCGAGCGUGCCGCGUCCCCACGGGGGCGUGGCGAGUGCACAAUCUGCUUGGAGAACCCGGCCGACUCGGUGAUCUACACGUGCGGACACCUGUGCCUGUGCUACGCCUGCGGCCACAGGCUGCGCCGGCAGAUCAACCCGGCGUGCCCCAUCUGCAGGCGCCUCAUCAAGGACGUCAUCCGGACUUACCCCAUUUAAAGGAUGGUGGGGGGGGGGGUCGCUCGUGUCCCCCGCCCUCCCCCCGUGCGCCAUCGCCCCCCUCUCUCCCCCCCCCCCAACCCGACUCUCCCGUUCGCCACGAUUGCCGCAUCCCCCCUCCCGCCUCGAGCUCCGCGCUCCCCGCCGCUCCGCCCGUCUCUGCCAACCUCCGUCCCUGUUGCCCGUCGUCAGUGCGCCACUGCUCCCCCAAAGCGCCUCCUCGGCUCGCCGCUUACAAGCCCGCUUCGCUCCGGGCACCCGUCUGCAUGUGCGAAUGGUGUUGAGUGUCAUACCUUGACUUGUGAGCCACACCCAUUCACUUGCUCAUUCAUGGGCACACAUGGGUAUGGGUUAAGUGUGCAAGUUAGAGGAUUCGUUUAGUUGCCGCUUUGAUGGUAAAAGAGGAUUAUUGUUUUUUUUUUUACGUCGGACUGUCGAAUAAAUUGUUUCAUAAUAGAUAGAUCUAUAUUAUAUAUAUAACAUGCUCAGACAUGCUUUUCAAGAUGACCUACAAAGCUAAUGUUACACGUACCUUUAUCUGCAGCUUCACCUCAACUCAUCCGAUCGUGGCAGCUCCAUCAGUGAUUGAAGAGCUGGCUGCCAAAAAAAACAAACUGUAAUAGAAUUAAAUUAUUCACGUAUCUCUGCCAUCUGCAUGUGUAUGAGGAGGCAUUCUGUACAUUUACACAGCCAGAUGAUUGUUUUCACAGUGCCCGUCCUUUGUUGGUUCUCAUCGAUCAUUUUUAAGUUAAUUUUUUUUUUAAUUUCAUUUUAUUAGAGAUUUGUAAAACGUAUUUGUGACCCACGACCGUGACGUUCUGUGCCUCGCAAACGAGGCGUACGUCCGUCGUCAUGAAGCGGUUCUCAUUAUUUAUAGCGAACGUGUUGCAGUAAUUCCACAUAGGUGUUAAUAUGCGCGUGUGGUGCUUGUUUGGAACUGGUAGUCAUGAGAUUUUGACCUUGACGCGUGAGUUUUCGCGGCCGCUUGUCCAGGCGUAGGUUUUAGGGGCUCGGCCGCGCGCCUGGCGUUUGUUCCCCCUCCGUAUUUCGCCGCGCACUGCCGCGUUCAUCUCAUCCAACUCCUGAAGUUGCCCGCGUGGCGAAAGCUUGAGAGAGAGAGAGAGAAGAAGAAAUGAUCAAAACGCAGUCCCCAACCCGGUAAACCGCCCUGUGAGAUUUCAACCUUUGUUCGGUCGAAGUCGUUAUGAAUGGGGCGGUGUGAAUGUCUCUUUCACAGCGUACAACACCGCUGUAGCAGAGUGCGGAUUCGACGAUCACGUGUGGCGGUCCUGUCACGUUUAUUUAUGUUUCGUUGACACAGCCUGCUACACUCACUUGACACUUCUCCACCUAAUUAUUUCUUAUCUGCACAAAAGCAAUGCUUGGCUGAAGACGAUGAAGGUUUGACCGGUCGCUGGUCCGCUAUUUUAUGGCUUUCGAAGAGUGCAAUGAAAUUAAGAGAAUAUACUCACUUAGAGCUCAACAUGAAUUUUAACUGUAACCUGCGAGCAGAAAAUUUGGAGGCACAUUCCUUUAAAUACAAUUGGAUCACGUGGGUUUGUAUAAAUAAACAAAAAAACAUGACAACUUUGAUGUGCGAUUGAAUGCAAUUUUAAUCAUAAAAAAAAACAAUCUGAAGAAAAUCGUUGUCCACAAUUGACUUUUUCCCUGUUUCUGCUGUACUUUGAUAAAAGGGCAGCAUUGUAGAGUGGAUGUUCCUGGCCUAUGUGUUCAGAGCCAGCAAUUUAUCCCCUCAUUCAGUUGUAGUUUCUCCACGCACUCUUGUGAUAUUCCUACACUGAAACACACGCACACGCUAAAUAAACUGAAGCUGUUCCCACACUAAAACGCACAAUAAAUGUAUUGGCCGAACGUUCACAAGUAUGACCGUCCCGAAAAUAAUAUUAUUCGCGCUCUGUAAAGCACGUAUAGUGAUAUCAAAAGUCUCCCUGCCCACUUCGGGCUAUGGGGGCUCAUCUCUGGCGGAAAUGGGGCGAUCCUUUGGUGGGGGCCAGUCUGUCUCUAGAUCCUGGGGGAAAAAAGAGUAAAUUAUUUAUUAUUGAUAUUAUUACGCGAUGCGACAAUUUGGCGCAACUCGUGAGAUAAAUGUUACAGAAUACGAAGCACUCACUAUCACGUGGACACGUGGGAUAAAGGGAAACUGACUCGCAAAUUGUUUGAGACUCGACGUGUGUCUGGUUAUAGAGCGGGCGGCUAUUAUGUAGUUGGAGAUGUAACGAUGAAACAGUUUAAUUUUUUUUAAUGUUCAUAUAUGAGAUGUGUUCGUUGGUUUCUUUCGUUUUUGCAAUAAAAGAGAAAAGUUUGUGUUUUAUGUAAUACGGUG